AUUAAUUUUUUGAGGUUAGGACAGAAAGGUAAUUUUGAGGUUUAAAAUUGUGAAGUUUCGAGGUAAAAUUUUAAAAUUUUAAAUUUUGAAAAUUUUUUAAAUUUUAAAAACGUUGAAAAAUGAAAUUUGUGAGUUUAAAAAAAUGGAGAAUUCCGAGGGGAAAAUCGCCGAUUUUGAGGCCAAAAAGUGGAUUUUUUUUAAAUUAAAAAUAAUCCAUUUUCACAUCAAAAACCUGAAUUUGGCAAAUAAAAUCCAAAACCACAAAAUAAUUCUGAGGUUAAAAAAAAAAAAUAUCUUGAAAUUCGUGCUUUAAAAAUCGUUGAUUUUGAGGUAAAAAAAUCCUGAAUUGGGAGAUUUUAAUUAAAAAAAAAAAAAAAAAAAGGAAAAAAAUCAUCGAUUUUGAAGUAAAAAAUUCGUGAAUUACAAGGUAAAAAAAACCCCGAGAAUUCUGUGAUUAAAAAUAUCGAUAAUUCUGAGGUAAAAAAAAAAAAAAUUGCGAAUUCUGAGGGGAAAAAAUCUACGAAUUUGUGGCCAAAAAUAUCGAAUUUGGUGGAAAAUGAUAAAUUUUCCACGAGAAACGUGAAUUUUGGGGGUAAAAAUUCGAUUUUUGGGGGGGCGGGGGGGUCAAAAUCGGCGAUUUCGGGACGGAAUAAAAAAAAAUAAAUAAAUAAAAAAAUCGAUAAUCCCGUGUUAAAAACCGAAUUCCGAGGGGAAAAUCGGCGAAUCGUGAGGUAAAAAGUGGCGAAUUCUGAGGUAAAAAUCGCCGAAUUUGCGGCUAAAAAGUCGAUCAUUAUUUAAAAUAUUAAAUUGCCCUCAAGGGAGGUGAAUUUUGGGGGUAAAAAUUCGAUUUUUUUGCGGGUGGGGGGGUCAAAAUCGGCGAUUUCGGGACGGAAUAAAAAAAAAAAAAUAAAAAAAUCGAUAAUCCCGCGUUCAAAACCGAAUUCCGAGGGGAAAAUCGGCGAAUCGUGAGGUAAAAAGUGGCGAAUUCUGAGGUAAAAAUCGCCGAAUUUGCGGCUAAAAUGUCGAAAUUUUUAUUGAAAACCUUAAAUUCUCACCCGAACCGCGAUUUCCGUGCCACUUUUUUGGGGUAAAAUCCGCCGAUUCCGGUUCCCCGCCAUUUCCGGACUCGCUUUCCCAGCGUUCCCUGCGUGCCCUCCCGGAAAUGAGAGGGGGAUAUAGGGAAGGAUGUUACCUCAGCGUGACGUGAUUGCGUCACUUCCGUUUCCGCCUCUCGGCGCUUUUCCGGCGGCGGCUCCGCGCGUGCGGCGAGUUCGGCUGCCCUUCCUGUCUGUGCUGUCGCGAUAAUGUCGCGGUUCUUCACCACCGGCUCCGAUUCCGAGUCCGAAUCGUCGGCGUCCGGAGAUGAGACCGCGCCGAAAGCGGCGGGAGGGCCCUACAGCAAGCCGCUGCUGCUCAGUGAGGAUGAGGAGGACACGAAGCGCGUCGUGCGCAGCGCCCGCGACAAGAGGUAUGAGGAGCUCACCAACCUGAUCCGCUCCAUCCGCAACGCCAUGAAGAUCCGCGACGUCAGCCGCUGCCUCGAGGAAUUUGAGCUCCUGGGCCGAGCCUGGAGCAAAGCCAAGGGAGUGGUGGACAGGGAGGGCGUCCCCAGGUUCUACCUGAGGAUCCUGGCUGACCUCGAGGAUUAUCUCAACGAGGUGAGACCAAUUUGGGGAAAAAAAAAACAACUCUGGGGGCAAAUUGGGAAAAUCCCCUUUUUUGGGGAUUUUUUUCCAGCUUUUUUUCCCUUUUUUUGGGGAUUUUUUAGGUUUUUUUUAGGAUUUUUUUUCCCCCAAAAUUCAGAUUUUUCGCUGAUUUUUUUUCGGAUUUUUCUCAGCUUUUUAUUGCAGUUUUUUCCAAUUUUUUUCAGGAUUUUUUCCUAAUUUUUUCCCAUUUUUUCAGAAAUUUUCCCCAAUUCUUUCCCAUUUUUCCAGAAUUUUUCCCCAAUUCUUUCCCAUUUUUCCAGGAUUUUUUUCCGACUUUUUUCCCAUUUUUCUCCAAUUUUUUCCUUCAUUUCUCCCCAUUUUUUCCCAUUUUUCCAGGAUUUCUCCCCCAUUUUUCCAGAAUUUUUCCCCAAUUUUUUCCCAUUUUUUCCAGAAUUUUUCCCCAAUUUUUUCCCAUUUUUUCCAGAAUUUUUCCCCAAUUUUUUCCCAUUUUUCUCUAAUUUUUUCCUUCUUUUUUUUCCCAGUCUCUUCCCCAUUUUUCUUUAAUUUUUCCCCAAUUUUUUCCCAUUUUUCCAGGAUUUUUCCCCAAUUUUUUCCCAUUUUUCUCCAAUUUUUUCCUUCUUUUUUUCCCCAGUCUCUUCCCAUUUUUUCCAGGAUUUUUCCCCAAUUUUUUCCCAUUUUUCCAGAAAUUUUCCCCAAUUUUUUCCCCAUUUUUUCCAGAAUUUUUCCCCAAUGUUUUCCCAUUUUUCCAGAAAUUUUCCCCAAUUUUUUCCCACUUUUCCAGAUUUUUCCCCCCCAUAUUUUCCCCCUUUUCCCACAUUUUUUUCCAGAUUUGUUUUGGGGCAUUUUGGGGUUUUUUUGGGGAUUUUUUGGGGCGUUUUUGGGCUGACCUCGAGGAUUAUCUCAACGAGGUGAGACAAUUUGGGGAAAAAAAAAACAACUCUGGGGGCAAAUUGGGAAAAUCCCCUUUUUUGGGGAUUUUUUCCAGCUUUUUUUCCCUUUUUUUGGGGAUUUUUUAGGUUUUUUUUAGGAUUUUUUUCCCCUAAAAUUCAGAUUUUUCGCUGAUUUUUUUCGGAUUUUUCUCAGCUUUUUAUUGCAGUUUUUUCCAAUUUUUUUUCAGGAUUUUUUCCUAAUUUUUUCCCAUUUUUUCAGAAAUUUUCCCCAAUUCUUUCCCAUUUUUCCAGAAUUUUUCCCCAAUUCUUUCCCAUUUUUCCAGUAUUUUUUUCCGACUUUUUUCCCAUUUUUCUCCAAUUUUUUCCUUCAUUUUUCACCAUUUUUUCCCAUUUUUCCAGAAUUUUUCCCCAUUUUUUUCCCAUUUUUCCUUCUUUUUUUCCCCAAUUUUUCCCCAUUUUUCCAGGAUUUUUCCCCAUUUUUUUUCCCAUUUUUUCCAGGAUUUUUGCAGGAUUUUUUCCCAUUUUUUCCAGGAUUUUUUCCCCAAUUUUUCCCCGUUUUUUCCA